AUGGCACCCAAAGUAAUUGGGGCCACCGGUGCUCCUCCGAUUCCUCUCGAGAGGAUUUCCGAGAUUACCCUAUGCGCUGAAGUUAUCUGUGAAGUCAUUGGCCACUACAAGAUGUACACCCUGCAGGAGAGUCGCCACGCUCCCGCUGGUAUCCGUAAGGCUGCCCGGGAGGCCCGUUUCACUGGCGCCUCUACUGCCGCCAAGGUUGAGGUUAACGUCUCGACUGAACUCAAUGCUCGCUCCGUCGCCAACAGCUCCAUCUCACAGGCCCCGAGUCACGUCAACAAGCCCUCUAAGGGAUUUGAAAAGGGUGCUACCUCCCGUGACACUGCCCGCCCUGGUCUCCGCUAUGCCAAUGACGCAAAUCACGACAAUCAGUCUGCUGCUCCUGUCGGCAACGUUAAGGAUGCUGGUUCUGAAGGAUAUCGCCGCACUGCCGAUGAUACUGCUGCCCUCAAUGCUGCCCUAAAUGCUGGUCCUAUGUUUUAUGCCGUACCCACGGAUGAAGCUUUAGCUCAGAUGUUUACUUCGCACGGUGCUGAUCCUGGACGUAAGGAUGGUACAAAGCCCAAGGAUGCUGAUGAUGAUAACGGUUCCACCGCGGACAGCAAGGCUGGUGGAAAAGCCGAGUCGACUGGAGACGAGAAGUCGACCUCCUCCAAGCCACGCCGAGGUGUUGUUGCUCCGGGAGACUUUAUGAAGCAAUUCCGCAAGCUUCAGGAGCAGAAAAAAUCGGCCCCCAAGGUUGUCCCAGCUGGACCUCCCCGUCGGAUUGUUUUCGGGAAUCUUCCUGAGUGGGCGGACAUCGCUGGCAUUCUGCAGUUCGUUCACGGCGGCGCCAUCGAGCGUGCUUGGAUGGAACAUACCGAGGUGAUUGUUCAGUUCAUCGACCAGGAGAAGUGCGUCCAGUACUACGAGGCCCACUCCCACGGAAUCAGACUCAAGGAUGAUGACGACGAAGUUACUAUCUCUGUCACGAUGCCCGAGGAGGGCCUGCCGGAUAACGAGAAGCUGUGGAUCCGGGUUGAAGAGGGUGCCUCGCGUGUUGUUUGCCUCUGCGGUCUUCCCAUCGGCCUCAAAGGUGGCAACGACGAAGCCAUCUUCGGUAUUAUCUCUGAUCCUACCUGGGAAGGCAAGAGGUUCGAUCACAUUGUGAUCAAGCAGGCUCCGGAGGGAGUUGAUGUCACCAUCUUCUUCUACGAUCUCCAUGAUGGCUGGGAAUUCUUCCAGACUAUCAAGAACGGAAUCUACGACUGUAUCGCCAAAUUUGAAGUUGAUCCCUGCGCUUCUGCUCAGGGUUUCCACUUCAUGGAUGAGCCGAACCCCAUGUUCACUGCUUUUCUUAACGCUGCCGACUAG